AUGGGACCCGUCGGUCCGGCGUCUUAUUCCUAUGCGAUAACCAUCCCAGCAGAAACUGGUUGGCGGGCUUACGGUAUUCUAACAGAAUUCUGUCGAACAAAAUCGCUUUCCCCAUUAGCCAUGAUUACAUUUAUCGUUUGUGAGUGUCCUGACCCCAACCCGGAACGCGCAGUCGUGUGA